GCGUGUAAGUAGGUUAGUGCAGCGCGUUGUGGAGAGGAGAGACCCGAUAGACCAGACCCCACUGCCUAAUGGUCCGGCGGCGCUCCGACUCGACGGAGACCGUCACUCGACCGUCAGUCGAAGUCUGCCUGGUGUAGAGAACGCCGCGUACACCUCUCCAAGCCCACUCGUCUAGCCAUGUGCUAGUCGCGCACCAAGAGUGCCGACCGCGUUUCGUAAGCCGUCGCGCCAUCCGCCGGAGGAUCAGAGUCAUGAGCCCGGCAUCCUCUGGAGCCCUCGAAGUCGAGAGGUACAUCGGCGCCUGCUUGAUAUCUUCGCAGCAGUCGAGGUACAAGAAACAAAAUCAGCAGCAACACCAGCAGCAGCCGCAACAGCAGCACUACAUUCAUCAGGACGUGAUUUACCCCGCAACCUACGUGGAUACCAGAUACAGAAACCAGAGAUGUGCAACAAACGGCACCGAGAGAUGGGCAGGAGGCAUGCCUCUGAUUUCGUUCUCCAACCAUCAGCAGAGAUAUGGUCAUCGAAACGAUGGGCAGACACCGCUGUCUCGGCUGGCGGUGCACACCCAGGGCGCUCCCCUGAUCCUUUCUAACAACAAGUAUCGCAAGAACAAAGCACGCAACGGCGGAGGCAUUGGCGUCAAGCCAGAACUGAAGAAACAGGAGGGAUGUCGCGAAAAUAGCACAGACACGGUGAGCGUUGCCAGCGACGAGAGUUCCGGUUCCGCCAAUUCAGACCAAUGUUUGCCGAGAAUCAUAAAGCCCAGAAAGCGGCGGAAAAAGGAUCGGAAGACUCUGCCGCACCUCGCCCGGCCCCUCAGCCAGGAUGGUUCCUUCUCUACAGAUAGCGCUAGUCCCGACAUAGAUUUAGCAAAUCCUCUACCAAUCAUACCAUACGCCCCAUACGCAUACGAUCCGAUCUUUGCGCAGUACGAGAGCUUGGGCGACAUCUCCGAGACUCCGAAACUUCAUCACUCUUUCGAGGAUGUGCAAGAGCUCGAGACUGACAUCAACGGAAAUGUGGAGAGCUCGUGCCAGUGCAGAUACUGUGAUCCGUCCGGACAGAUUUGGGACAUCGACAGGAGCUGCUACUCACCCUUCCUGACCUCACCCCCGUUUCAAUUUCCGGAUAGUCCUAAGAGCAGGAGCAGUAGCUUGGCUUCGCCACCGUUACUUUCGGACAGUCUUAUUGACAGUAUAUCCGCCUUCUCAUUGGAGGACACUUGGAAGCCGACAAUGCGGUCUGGCGACUUGGAGGUAUCCACCGAGAUCGUGACCUCCCUCAACGGCCACAGGGAUCUAGAAAUCAAGUUCUUUAGCUCCGCUAGUGGUAAUAACAGUGAUAAAAGUGAUACAGGCGAGUGCUUUCUAUAUAACAAGAGUUUCUCUUCAGAUGAAUGAGUGGACAGGAGGAUAUACGAUACGACGCAUACAUUUUAUAUGAUCUCUCUUCAAGACCUAUUUAAACCCAAACAACACCCUUUUACUAAUAUAACUUUACAUGCACACACUUCUAACAACAUUUUCGAUUUGGAGUGCAUUUCGAAUUGGAUCACGGUCUGGGAGGGUCAGACCCUGGGGGUCGCGCUCACAAUUGCUGAUUGUAUGUUAAAAUUAUUAGUAUUAUCGUUGUUACACAGAAACAUAACAUUAUGUUCAAGGGAACCGGUUUUUGUUCCUUCUUAACAUAACUUCGGGUUUUGGUGACAAUAAGAUCCUCGGUUAACUCCAAAUUCGAAUGCAUCGCAGUUGAUAAGUUAGUUACAUUAACGUAUCAAUAUAUACAUAUUUUUCUAUUAUUGUAAAUAGAGUUCAAAGCGAAUAUUUUUAUUCUACGAGAAUCAUUUAUCUAUAUAUCUUAAUUCUCUCUCAUAUUCCGUAUGUAUCAUUUUGGAACUUUGUGAAUCUUAACAUGCGGGAUUUAUAAUAAAUAUUUUUUUGUUCAUUUUGUGGUCUUCAUCAAAGUUUACUGGUGCAUACGGAAUCCAGUCGAGUUAGCAUUUAGUUCAAGAAAACAAACGAGACGUUUCUUUUUUUAUAUUAAAUACAACAUCGACUGGAGUCUUUACUAUUUUUGUUUUUUUUUCUUGUGUGUAUUAUAAUUUAUUUAUUGUGUUGUGUAAAACGCUAUGGUAGUUAGAAAUUAUUGUUUAGUUAUUAUUUUAAUC